CUAUAUAAGUUUUUCCUAGAUUUUCUCAUUAUAAUGUAAAUACGUGUCUUUUCAUUCGAGAGUUCUUCUACCAAGAUUUGCUUCUCAUUUGUAAUCACCUGUGUGUGUGUGUCUUUGUAAUCAAAUUACUGCAUCAUAUCUAAGAAGGAAGAGAAUAACUAAACACUUUUGUUUCGGAAAGAUGUCUGUUUAUUUUUGUUAAGAUGUGUAUGGCGGGAAAUGGAAAGCUCUCCAAAUAAAUUUUGUAUUCCUCAAAAUAUUGAUGAUUCAUUUGAGGAACCUAGUUCUGCACCGCAAUAUUUUAAACCCGGGAUCAUACUUCAAGAAGCUAAUAAAACUAAUGGUAAAGUGACUAUUAAUGCAAGUUCAUCUCAGAAUACUUCUACAGUUGUCGAGGAAGGCAGUACAAGCAAUGAUAUAAAUACAACAGUUCAUAGCGAUGUUAAGACUCUUUCGCCUAGGAAACCUGCUUCUAGAUUUGAAAGUGAAUUUGGACACUUGCGUGAAUCUAAAUAUUAUGAUAAAUCUGUUGAAACUGCAUCUUCUGAUAACCAAGGAAAAAGCUCAGGAAAAGGGAGUUCUAGUGCACUUCUAGUUAACCCCAGACAGAGAGGUAAUCCACUCUUAAAAAGCAUUACAAAUGUCCCUUGGGAAUUCUCAGAAAUUGAACCAGAUUAUGUUAUGGGGAAAACUGCCUGUGCGUUGUUUUUGAGUCUGAGAUAUCAUAAUCUGUUUCCCAACUACAUACAUGAGCGCCUGAAAGCACUGGGGAAAACAUACAGUUUAAGAGUUCUUUUGGUGCAAGUAGAUGUGGCAGAGCCAAAUCCACCUUUAAAAGAUCUUUCUGUGAUAGCAAUUUUAGCUGACUGUACUUUAAUGGUUUCUUGGAGUGCAGAAGAAGCUGGAAAUUAUCUUGAAACAUAUAAAAUGUUUGAAAAUAAAUCAGCUGACCUAAUAAAAGAAAAACAAGAUAAUGAUAAUUAUUCACAGCUUAUUGACUGCUUGACUACAAUAAGAUCAGUAAAUAAAACAGAUGCUAUGGUUCUCCUCUCCACGUUCAAAACUUUAAAAGGUAUCAUACAAGCUUCAAUAGAAGAGUUAGCUGCAUGUCCUGGUUUUGGACCAUUAAAGGCAAAACGUCUUUAUGAAGCUCUGAGGAAACCGCUGAGAAAUGAAGCUAGAUAGAUUCCAUGAAUAAAUGCAUGAACAUUUGUAUUCAUAAAAUUUAUCUGUGUAUUUAUAUCAUCUGUGUUUUUUCUUUUAAUCUUUCUGACCUAAAGAUAAUUUAAUGCCUCUAAUUUCUUGAAAAGUUUCACUCUAAAGUUUGAUACAUUCCCUUUAAAUGAGUUUUGAUAUUUCUGAGCAUUCGACUGACAUGUAGUUAAUAAGUUAUGAAUUAUAUUAAGAAUAGGAAUUAACUAUAUAUUUAUAUAUCUGUUGUGAGAGGAAAGCUUUUUAGGUUAGAUACAGAUGCAGACAGUAAUGUGAAAGUGUAAGGAAUUAAACAUUCUGUCCAUAUAUCUCUAACUUUUGUCUAAAGACAGAAAGAGAUCUCUGAUUAGUCCUUUGACCAAGAUUUCUGUUCUGAUGGUUCAAGUUCACAGUUGGCAAACAAUAGUUCAUCACUGGCUAGUGUUGAAAGCCAAGUUGGCAUUUCAAAUAGUGGAUGGUUUUCACUUCAGAAAAUUGCUUCCUGCUGCUGCAUAUCAUUCACUUCAGCCAUUCAUAGCAGAUUGCUACAUGUCUUUGUGUUGUAGAUGUCAGUAUUUCUAGUUAACUGAAAAAUGUUGGAUUAAGUUGUUUAUAGUUUUACAUUUUUCAUCAAAGACAUAAUUAAUUUGGUACUUUGCUGUUAUGGGGAACAUAUUAAAAAUGUGUAUAUAUAUACACAUAAUAAACAUACAUGCACACACAUAUAUAUUUUUUUUUCUGAAUCAGGUCCCGGUAAGAGAAGAGUACCAUUAAUUUUUCAUAUCUAUUAAAAAAAACUUAUUAUGACAAAAGUACUUUUGAAACUUUAAAAAUAUAUAAGGGAAAAAAAGAAAGAGAGAAAAGCCAGCAUAUGAAAGUCUGAAAACAGUCUCAUAAUUAAGGAAAUAUAAAUUUACAUUCUCAGACAUGAAUCUCAGUUAAAAAUAAAGAGCACUACUAGUAAAUUAAGAACUGCUAUUAAUAUGCAUUCAUGGAAUUGAUUUGCUGUAUAUUCUGAAAAUGAGUUGUUAAUAUUUAAAUAUAAUUGACCAGGACAUUUCAAAAAUAUCCCGUAAUAAAUGUAUGGAUUAAUAAUCUGACGUAGUUGCUGGCAACUGUUAUAAUACACCAGAAUACAUAAAUUCAGAAAAAAUCUGUAAUUUUUUAUAUUGGCCUAAAAAAAUAAUAAAAUAUCUAUUUCGGAAACUACAUCUGAGUUAUAUGCUUAUCUAAAUUUUUUAAAUAUAUAUUAAAAUAAUUUAUUUAUGUUCUUAACUUUCACAUUUAAGAAAGUUAUAUAAUUGACUUUCAGUAAGCAGAACUUGAAGAGAGGGGAAAAAAUGUGUUGAGUAAAUAGAAGUUAAAUUCACCUGAAAAAUAUUAGGAUUUUACUUUGAUAUGAUAUAAAUAUUUUUGGAAGACGAAAGUAAAUAUUAUUACAUGCAUUAAUCAUAAAAAUUAUUUUAUUGUGCACAAAAUAUUAAAAUAAAAUUUAUUUUAAAAAUUCAUAUUUUUUAGAGGAGUAUUAUUUACAUUGAUUUUCUUGAAUGGAAGGAUGUUUUUUUCCAUCUUGUUUCUCAAUUAGUCACUUGUUCACUUGAGAUAAAAUAAACAAAGGCUUCUAAUUUCUCCCAUGAGUAAUGUGAAUGCAUUUUCCAGUUUUCCUUAAGAAGUCCUCUCCACAAAAGCAUCCAUCCUCUUUUGCAGAUUUGAGCUAUCCAGUAGAGUACUUCUAACACAUUUCUAAUGGGUCAUCCAAAAUAAAAAUAAAGCAGUACAAAAACAUAAGAAAAUUUCAUUGAGUUACAUCAGCAUCAUGGAAAAAUCCUUUUUUAAAAAACAUUAUUAGGUUUAUUCAUAAAAAGUCAUGGAGAUGCUGUUUAAUUAUCUCCAAGGAAUGAACUCCAUACCAUUCAGAGAAUUUUUAAGCAACCUGAAGAGAAGAAAAACUUUAGAGGCAAGAUCUGGUAAAUAGUGGGGAAGACACAACAUCCCAGCCUUACUCAAUAACUCUCUGUUGACACUCAUUGCAAUGUGGGGCUGAGCACUGUCAUCAUGGAAGACUUCUUGUGACUGAUCAGUUGUGGACACUUUGCCUUGAUUUCUGCUAUUAAAACUACCAUUUGAGAAAAGUAUUUUUUUUUUAAAUUUAUUAUCUGAUUUAUGGGCAACAGCUCAUAAUAUACAGUUCUUUUGUAUGUUAUAUUAUGUAGAAGUGAGAGGGCCACCUAAUAUUUACCUUAAGUAAGUAGGUAUUAGCCCACACACUAACUAGAAAACUAACAACAUUCCGGCAUCAUUCCUCGAGUCAUGAUGGAAAAAGGGACUCCAGCUAGCAAUUUCUGCCACUGCCGGCAUCAUCAAGGGCACUCCUACCUUUUAGAGUUAUAAUUAGCUCAAGUAAAAUGGAUUACAUUACAUGAUAUAGAUUGUGAUAUACAUAGUUGUACAGGUGCAUGUUUGAAGAUGUUAUCUAUUGUAGUGGGUGCAGGCAUCUUGUUUCAGGACAUUAUACGUAUAUAUACAUUGCAGUAGAAACAGGCGUGAUGUUCCCACAUUACAAACCAUUUUUGUAAAUAUAAUCUGUUUACUAUCACAAUUAAGUUAGAACAGUUCUUUUGUAGCUGCACCUUACAGAGAGUCAAAUUAGUAAAGAUUUUUAAAAGGAGUUUAUGUCUACACAUCUAGUCCUUUCUAUCAAAAGGGCACACUAGCGACCAAGUGAUAAAGUCACUGAAUACUGGUUGUUUGGUUCAAAGUUCGAAUCCUCUGAAUAGGCUGGUUGCAUGGAUAUUUUUGUGGUUUUCCUCAUGUGUAUACAAACUAGUUUCCUUUAAAAAGUCCUCCACCAAGCAUGCCUCUCAGAUAGCCUUCAAGGCUUUGCCAUAAUCACAUAAACCAAGCCAAAAACCUUUCUUUCAAAGAAUUCAUGCCCAACAAUUCUUUAUAUGUGUAAUCUUCCAAAAAUCUUACAAAUUAAAAGAUGCAAUUUGUUGAUUCAUCAAACUGAAGAGGAAAAACAAAAACACUUUUAAUUUUACUGUACAUUUGUUCUCAUCUGUUUUCAUUCAUUUUCUCAAUUUUCUGCAUUACAAUAUUUUAAGGCAAUUGUAGACCUUUAAUUGCAGCAAUAAUAUUGAUCUUGUUCUUAAAAUCAUUACAAAGUGUAUCUGACAUUUUCAAGAAAUUUUUUUUAAUUAUGAACUCGCUAACAGAAAUGGAUUUCCCCCCCUCCCCUUCAAAAAUAUCACUUACUUUGAGCAAUGCAAUAGUCACUGUACAUGAUUUCAGUGUGGUAUUUUUUUAAAGAUUCUGUUGAGCCUUAAAAUUUUAUUUUUUUCAAGUCACUAUUUUGCGGAUAAUCUCUUUGAUAUUCAUCAUGUAAACUUAAAAAGGUCUUUUCAGAAUACAGCAGCAGAUAUGGCACCAUUGCAUUUUAAGUAACAACAUUUCUCAUUCAUCAUAGUAAAAAUAGUAAUCAAAUUCCCAUUUUUCAUGAAGAUUGUCUUUGAUUUUUUCCCAUUACUACUCAUUUUAAUGGGUCCUAAAAUGCAAUAGAAAUAUACAAGUAAAUAGUUUUUAUUUAUAAUAUAGAAAGAAGGUACUUGCAUUUUUGCAUGGUAAUAGAAUUUUUAAAAAAAAUUGAUGCUCCUCCCUCCCCCCCCCAGGAACACUAAUACAAUGUUAGCACUAUAGUGAGUACUAAGCAUUAA